GAACUGAUGACGUAUACACACAGGUAAUUCUUCACGAAGGGAAGAUCGAGGUGGCCGUCAUUGCCGGAAUGAUUUAAAGUUCCAUUGGCGUAACUGCACGAUGUCAGUUAAGAAAUGGAGUUGAAUUGAUACUGGCAAUUCUAUCCACAUGUACGGCAAGCUGACACAGGUGAAUGGACAGCGGUGAGUGAGAAGACUGGACACAGGUGAAUGGACAGCAGUGAGCGAGGAGGGGAAGACUCGACACUGGUGAAUGGACAGCGGUGAGCGAGGAGGGGAAGACUCGACACAGGUGAAUGGACAGCGGUGAGCGAGGAGGGGAAGACUCAACACAGGUGAAUGGACAGCGGUGAGCGAGGCGGGAGAAGACUGGACACAGACACCUGCAUGGAUGUGGCUGACGAAGAAGCUGGGCCGUCCCAGGGCAUCCCCGUGGGGGGCGUGAGAUGUGACACCUGCACACUUGGGGGGGACAUGGACGCUGUACCGUGCGAGACGUGUCCGUGUAAGAAGAUGCGACGGGGCUCGGGGCCGUCGCGGAGGAGGAGCUCCAGUGACAACGAGAAUGAAGGGGAAGGUCGACCUCAACACACAGGACAGGACCCUGUGAAGAUUGGUCGGUCUGGAAUCUAUGCUUUAGCUCAGAGUGAAAACAGCAAUUUAUUAAAUAAAUCCGUCUCUGCAAGUCCCCCAUGUAUCCAGCGGAAGCAGAAGAGUGAGCCGACCAUGAAGACAAGUCCUCGCAAGAGUUACGAGGAUGACACCCAACAUUUGUCCAGCUUCAGUCGCUUGUUGGACAGAGGAGGGGCAGGGGAUUCCAACAUGAACUGUAACUAUGGCAACAAGAACACAGCAUCACAUAUUUCAUCCAGUACUGUAUGUAUUCCUUCCACAAGCAGAGCUUACACAGACUAUGCUGUUGCCAUGCAAACACAGGUAUCAUGUUUCCAUGGCGACAGUGAUGAAGAUGCCAGCCAGAUUCUGCCCCUGUCUCUAGUUGUGAACAUAUUCCAAUACCUCUCCAUGCCCGACUUGUUGUGUCGCGUGUGUCGCGUCUGUAAACUGUGGCACCAGGCAGCGCAUGAUCCAUCUCUAUGGCGACAUAUCUAUCUACCAGUGUCGUCAAGGGUUACAGACAGUAUCUUGAACUGGUUAACCUCCCUGAGUGACCGCGUGUUGACCCUGGACGUGAGUGACAGCAAACUUACAACGUUCACAGACGAGGGUGUUAUGCAGAUCCUUCAGAAGUGUCGCCAUAUCAGGACACUCAAGUUAGCUAGGUACUUUGUAUUUUCUGACGAUGUGUUUGAGUCCGUUGGCAAGUUCUGUCACCUCGUCCGCCACCUCAACCUCGACGGCUGUUUCUCCAUCUCUGACAAGUCCAUCGUUGCGAUUGGCAAUGGCUGUCCCCAGCUGGAGCACCUGUUCAUGAGUCAGUGCAACAGGAUUUCUGACGAGGGGAUGCUGGCUGUAGCCAAUGGCUGUCCCCGCCUCCGGCAACUCCGUAUCGACCAGUGUGUCAAGGUGAAGGACGUGAGUGUGAAGGCGCUGGUCGCUGGGUGUCCACUACUGGAAUACCUCCACCUCCUGGCCUGCAGCCUCACAGACGACGGGCUGCAACAGCUGGCCAAGCUUCCUCGUCUCCGGAUGCUGGACAUCUCCAACAUGACACAGCUCAGCUCGGGCUGCCUGGAGAACAUCACAGCUCACUCACCCACUCACCCACUCACCAUCUCACUCACUCACUUACUCACUCACUCACUCACUCACUCACUCACUGCAGCUUCCCCGUCUCCGGAUGCUGGACAUCUCCAACAUGACACAGCUCAGCUCGGGCUGCCUGGAGAACAUCACAGCUCACUCACUCACCCACCCACACACUCACUCACUCACUCACUCACUCACUGCAGCUUCCCCGUCUCCGUAUGCUGAACAUCUCCAACAUGACACAGCUCAGCUCACUCACUCACUCACUCACUCACUCACUCACUCACUGCAGCUUCCCCGUCUCCGUAUGCUGGACAUCUCCAACAUGACACAGCUCAGCUCACUCACUCACUCACUCACUCACUCACUCACUCACUCACUGCAGCUUCCCUGUCUCCGUAUGCUGGACAUCUCCAACAUGACACAGCUCAGCUCGGGCUGCCUGGAGAACAUCACAGCUCACUCACUCACUCACUCACUCACUGCAGCUUCCCCGUCUCCGUAUGCUGGACAUCUCCAACAUGACACAGCUCAGCUCGGGCUGCCUGGAGAACAUCACAACUCUCUCACUCACUCACUCACUCACUCACUCACUCACUCACUCACUCACUCACUCACUGCAGCUUCCCCGUCUCCGUAUGCUGGACAUCUCCAACAUGACACAGCUCAGCUCGGGCUGCCUGGAGAACAUCACAGCUCACUCACUCUCUCACUCACUCACUCACUCACUCACUCACUCACUCACUGCAGCUUCCCUGUCUCCGUAUGCUGGACAUCUCCAACAUGACACAGCUCAGCUCGGGCUGCCUGGAGAACAUCACAGCUCACUCACUCACUCACUCACUCA